AUGUCACAUUCUUCUGGAUUUCUAAGUGAACGCCAUAGUCCACUAAGCUCGAGUGAGCCAGUUUCUGGGUCAACGAGCCCUCUUAUUAUCAAGCCAGCCACAAUUAUUGCCCAUAAACCACGAUCAUCGUCCAUGAACUCGAACUGCUCAACACAUUCGAAUCAUGCGAGAAGCUUAUCAAUUAUAAGUCUUGAAUCCCCACGAAAUUCGAUAAUUUCGCUCGAUGAUGGGUUUACGCGACCACCACGAAAUGAUAGCAAUGUGAGUCUCAGUUCAAUGGUGGGCAAUAAUGGAGGCAUGACGCCGCCAUUGGGAGGGUGCAAGGAGACAAUUCGGCUGAAUCAUAAAAAUAUACCUAAGACAAGCAGUACAGUAAUAACUUCGGACGAGGAUUCGGAGGUGGAGCAAAAAUCGAUUUCUAAUUGUAUGUGCAAGAGAAACGGUCGGUAUUAUUCUGAGCCAGCCCCUAAUUCAUAUCUCAAGAAGGAUUUUGAGUUUCAAUACGGUGGUAAUGUCAAUAAGAACGGUAAGCACAAUAAUUGCGGCAGUGUUCAUAUCAAUUCUAGCACCAACCAUAGACACAUGGACAGAAGACCAUCUACAGACAAUAAAUCUGAUAUCAUUCCAUCUCCACUAAUUCUAAAUGCGGAACAUGAAAAGACAGAGGCCAAAUUUGUUACGGACAAACCAGACAAAGUCAUCGCAAAGAAGAUAAAGCCUGUAAACAAUAAAUCUAACCGUGCUCACCAAUCUAUAUAUUUGAAGAAGAAACUGAUAUAUUCCAAAGACCUACAGUUGGAACUAAUGAAUUCUAAUACUAGUAUGGGCAAGCAUUUAGAUACCAGGUUUACUGAAACUUCUUCAUCCAGUCCGAAAAGCUCUAACUCAACAAAUCUCAAGGCGCAAAUAAAAGACUUUGAAACUGAACCUAUCAUCACCACAUUAGAACACCAGAAUAAACUAAUCACCAAACUCAACGAGAAAUGGAAUAAAUCACUUGUCACGCCAAAUCAUUCAUCCGGAGGCAAUGACAAAAUGAUUGCAGAUGAAACUAAUCAGAUUGUUGGUUCUCGGAAACGGUCAAGACAAUACCUGUUUGAAGGUGAUGAUGAUAAUUAUGACGAUUACGAUAAUUAA